GUCCCAGCUUCAGUGGACAGCUCCGUGGUGCUGAACAUCUCAUCUCCAUCCUCUCUUCGCCAGUGCAAACGCGAGUGGAAUCAUGGACGGACUCCCGUGGAAAGUCUUUCUUCUUUUUUGGCUGGCGGAGAGCUCGGCGCAAGACUUGGGACAGACGCAGUUUAUUUGCACGUCGGUGCCCAAGGAUGUGGACUUGUGCGCGGCAACCAUGCAGAACAGCGGGCCGGCAGAGGACCUGAAGACGACGGUCAUGCAGCUGCGAGAGACCGUGCUGCAGCAAAAGGAGACCAUCAUGAACCAGAAGGAGACAAUCAGGGAGCUAACUUCCAAGUUGAGUCGCUGUGAGAGUCAGAGCUUCCCAGCGGCGGGGGCACCGGGUGGGAGGCGGCCGGGCGCAAAGAACACAAUGGGAGAUUUAUCCCGGGGUACUGCGGAGACCCUGGCCCAGCUGGGACACACUUUACAGACUCUAAAACAGAGACUGGAGAACCUGGAGCACUACAGCCGAGGGAAUAACACCGUGCAAGCCAACAGUCUGAAGGAUCUGCUUCAGAACAAGAUAGACGACAUGGAGAAGCAGGUCCUGUCCCGGGUCAACACGUUAGAGGAAGCCAAGGGUGGCUCCAGGAAUGACAGCGAGCAGCGGAACCGAGUGGAGUCCACGCUCACCUCACUGCAUCACCGCAUCACGGACCUGGAGAAAGGCAAGGACAGGCCAUCUGAUAGGUUUCAGCUGACGUUCCCCCUGAGAACUAACUACAUGUACGCCAAAGCCAAGAGGAGCCUGCCUGAGAUGUACUCUUUCACCGUGUGUCUGUGGAUCAAAUCCAAUGCCUCACCAGGGGUGGGGACACCCUUCUCGUACGCCGUCCCUGGUCAGGCCAAUGAGCUGGUGCUGAUCGAAUGGGGCAACAACCCAAUGGAGUUUCUCAUUAAUGACAAGGUUGCAAAGCUGCCAUUCCUCAUCAAUGAUGGCAAAUGGCAUCAUCUCUGCAUCACAUGGACCACACGGGAUGGGAUGUGGGAGGCCUUCCAAGACGGUGUGAUGAGGGGAAGUGGGGAAAAUCUGGCACCAUAUCACCCCAUCAAACCUGAGGGGGUGCUGGUCCUGGGACAAGAGCAGGACAUACUGGGAGGAGGCUUUGAUGCAACACAAGCCUUCGUCGGCGAGUUAGCGAACCUAAACAUCUGGAAUAGGAAGCUUUCCAUCACCGAAAUUUACAACCUGGCAACUUGCAACAGCAAAGCGCCGACUGGCAACGUCUUCUCUUGGAUGGAGAGCAACAUUGAAAUAUUUGGCGGAGCGACCAAAUGGUCAUUUGAGCCUUGUCGUUCAGUCAACUGAACUGCAUUUCAGCCCAGGGAGAAGAAAAGGCCUCUGUGUGUUUCUGAGCUUUUGUCGUUCUUGUCUUCAUUUGAUGUUUGUUUAGACGCCAGUUGAUCUUGACUUUAGUUGUAAAGCUUAAAUCUGGGAUUUCUACCAUUCCGAAGUAUUUAUGUGCUGAACAACAGUUUUCAUGUUGAAGAAAAAAAAAUCAUUCAGUUCAAGUGAAAGCACAACUUAGCUCUUUGUUUUGGCUUCUUCUUCUGCUGGAAAUGUGCACCCUGUGUCUGGACAAGGCACCAUCCAAGCGAGGAUGACAUAACCACUCCCACCUGAUUCUGUUUAGACAGGAACUGUUGUCAAUUCUCGUCAGCGGUUGACGCUGUGAAGAGAAGUCUUGCGUGGUAACGCUUCCUCCUCCUCCUUUACGCUGUCCGGCUUAUCCGGAACUUGCACUGUGACGGACCAGGAGAAUGGAAGGAGAGGAGGGCAUGAGUGGACAUCAAAAGUCAGUUUCUAUUUGUUGUUUGCUUCAAGUCUUUCUGUAAGAAUGUCGCCAACUUGCCAACAUUGUCACAAAGCCUGGGUGCCUUGGGCUGGUACGAAUAUUCAGCAAAUUCAGUGUUUAUUGCUUUCUGUUCUCUCUUUUCUUGAGCUGGGUUAAGUUCAUUGUUUCAGAUUGUCAUCGGACAUGUUUUCGCAGGUGUUUGUACUGCUCUGUAUUAGGAAUGUUACAGUAUCUGUAUAGUAACAGCAUGAAAGACAGAGUGCUGUGAAAGCAUUGUUGAAUUCUGCUUUACUAUCUUUUCUGGGCGUGGGUUUUUUACUGCAUUGUUAUAUGCUCCAAGCAUGGCAAAUCUGAGAGAUGAAGAAUUUAAUUUUUGUAAUAAAAUUGUGAUACUUAAUGUCACAGUGCAUUG